CUUCGUGAUCCGCCUGCGUUGGCCUCCCAAAGUGUUGGGAUUACAGGCGUGAGCCACCGCGCCCAGCCUACUUAAAAUCUUUUGAGGAAAAGUGCUAUAUCAGAAAAUAAACAUGAGCAACCCAGUUACGUAUUACCAUAUAAUCUGAAUAUGUUUUACAUUAGUUUAUGCCCCUCCUUCUUAGAAAGGUUCCCUAAUUGUCUGAACUGUGUUGGAGUUUUCGUGGCAUGUGCAGUGUUUGUGGAGAACUUUUCCUGUAUGGUCAUUUCCAAGUGUCUGAAGAAUCUGAUAUCAGUCCUUCAGAUUUUAGAAGGUAAAGAGAAAAAAACACCCAUAAAUCAAGUAGGCAUAGAAUUUAAUAUAAGAAGUGAAUCGGGAUAUGGUAAAAAGUUGUGAUAGAAUGAAAACUUUCUGAACAAUGAUUUGGGGAAAAUGCAAUAAGACUUUUAAGAUGUCAAUCAUUCAUUUACCCAUUAAAUUGAAUAUUUCUUGAAUAUUGAUUGUAUGUUCAGUGGGAAGAGGUGAGAUGGAAUGGGGAAGAAUGUUCGAGACAGAGAACAGCACACCUGAAAGGAAGCAGAUUUGAGGAUCUGAAAGUUGUUUUAUGAUUGGAGGGUAGAGUUGGAACAGAAGGGAUGAAAAGGGAUGAGUUAGUCAGGGUACAGAUUGUCCUGGACUUAUAAGCCAUGUGAAGGAAUUUGACGUUUAUCCUAAGCACAAUAAGGGCCAUAAAAUAAUUGUGGGAUGGGCAAAGGCCAGGUCUGUGUUAAGAAAGAGUAAAGAAUGGAUUGAAGGAAAGAGAACAAGUAGAGGAGGGCAGAUUGAUUGUGUGGCCACUUAUGGGAAUCACAGAAAUCAUGGUAGCCUAAACUCGAGUAGAGUCAGUGGCUUUAGAAAGCUGAACAUGAAGGCCAGGAAACAAAAGAGCCAGCUAGCUGAAUGACAUGAUGUGGGGAGUGAGGGAGGAAGAGGAAGCAGGGCAAUUGGUGAUACUUUUUCUUCCUUGACACAAAGAGUACCUAGGAGGAGAAGGUGAAAGGGGUAAAGGAUUAGUUCCAUUUUAGUUGGUGGGAUAAAGGAACUUGUGAGAUAUACCUAUCAAUGUAUUUAUCGCUAUACCUAUCUAUAUAUCAUAUCCAUGUAUCCUUAUCAUCCUAACUAUUCCUCUCAUUUAUUUUUUAUUUCAAAAUAAUUUCAAACUUAAAGGUCACAAAAACAGUAUGAAGUGCUUUUUGUUUUUUUGGAAUCUUUUGAGAGUAAAUUGACAAUAUGAUGUCUCAUUACUUCCCAAUACUUGAAUGUGCAUUUCCUAAAAGCAAGGACAUCUCCUACAUUUAUGUUUUGUCCCAGUGAUGUCCUUUACAGCAAAAGGAUCCAGUCUAGAAUCAUAUGUUGCAUUUACUUGUGAUGUCUUUUUAAUCUCCCUCCAUCUUGAAUGGUUCCUCAGUGUUUCCUUGACCUUCAAUAUCUAGACAUUUUUGAAAAUUACAAGCUAAUUAUUUUGUAAAACAUCCCUCAAUUUGAGUUUGUAUGACAUGUUUUGCAAUUAGAUUCAGGUUAUGAUUCAGGAAUUUUUGCUAGGAAUAUCACAAUAAUUAUGUGUUUUUUUCAUUGCAAUCUAUCAGAUGGUGUACAACUCCUGUUUGUUGCAUUACUGAAAAUGUCAACCAUCAUCAGUUAUUAAUUUUGCUGUGAGAUGGGGAAGUAGAUGCAUAGUGUACAGAUCAGCUGAGGCUAUACAGAAGAGUAAACAUUGAGUAUUCCCUCCCCCUCUUCUGGUGAAGAGAGAACGUUGACAGCCAUAGGAGGAGGAAGGUUUGCCUCAUUUUAAGUCCGGAUGUGGUUAAAGCUUAGGAGUGGGAGAAGAGAAGGGAUUUCACUGAGACAAGUUGAUUUGAGUGAAGCCGCUACUCUUAGACAACUUUGCAUAAAACAGCUGCAACCUCCUCUUCCCAUUCUAGUGACAUCAAGACUUAAGAAGAUUGAAAAAUGUCCCAUCUUCAGAGGAAAUCUAGGAGAUACAACAAAUGAGCAGAGAAUGGCAGCAAGAGGCAAAACUUUGGACGUAGAAGCCAGCCAACCUUCGGAGACCAACAAAGAAAAUUCAUCCAGUGUGACUGUAUCAGACCCUGAGACGGAAAAUAAGGCAGGCCAGACUCUGGAGAACAGCUCAUUAAUGGCCGAGCUCCUGAGCGAUGUACCCUUCACCCUGGCCCCGCAUGUGCUGGCAGUGCAGGGCACCAUCACUGACCUUCCUGACCACUUACUCUCCUAUGAUGUCAGCGAAAACUUAUCACGGUUUUGGUAUGAUUUCACUCUUGAAAAUUCAGUGCUCUGUGAUUCAUAAUCUUUAUGUCUGUUUGCACCUUAACAGCUUUAAAAUAUGUUCACCUAUUUUAUUUGACCUGUUUGAUGUUCUUUGCCAUUUCACUGUUUAAGGCCCUCAGCAAAGUAAGGAUCAUAAAGCAAAGAAAAUAGCAUUAUGUUAAUUACUCUAUUUUUAAGAAAAAUGUACAUUUGUGUACAAAUUGAACUUAAGUUCUACUUCCUUUCUCCCAUAUUAUAAAUAUAAAAAUUAGGCUAUGAAGGUUUUAUGAAAGGAGUCCAUUCCUUCAGAUGGUCUCUCAAAAUAUAACACCUCAAAUUUAUCUUAGAAGAACUGUGAAAAAGAAUUGUGGCAUUUUUUAGUUACCACAGCUCCAAAGUCUGAGCUAGAAGUGGGUGUGAAGUCUCCUCUCUGGUUUGUAGGAAGUUGAAUUAGUGUUAUUCCCGAUUUUUUUUCUUCCACAGUGUUUAUGAAUGAAUUCAGAAAAAAAGUUGCCAGUUAGCUUAAUUUCUUCAGACGCAUUGACGUGGAAGUGUAAAACUUGUCCUAAACAACAGUGCUAGUUUGCUGAUACGAGAAUGCUAGACCUGCUCUGCGUGCUGUUUCUGGAGUGGCCCAUUUCCGUUUUCUGAAACUCAUGGCAGCCCUUUCCAUUGUGAAUAAUUCUUAUGUUCCCACCUUUGUUCUCUGCCUUUUUGCUACUUCAGUGUGCUCUCUGACCAGCUUUCCAAAGAACUUUCCCUGCUUCUGCCUCGGUUGGCAUUUGCUCUCCUUACCACAUAUGUUCCCCAGUUUCUGAAGAGAUCCACAUUUCCUUUCAACCUCUCUGCCUCCUGAAGAAAAACAUCCCGUGAUGAUACAUAUUAUUGCUGAUAACAUCCUUAUUUAGAAAUUUGUUGGCCACAAUACAGAUGGAAAUGUUUUACUCCUGGAAAAACUAAAAUCAACUCAUUUCCAAUUAGAGUAUAGGCAAAACACCUACAUAUGACAUUUAGUUCUUGAAUAUCCAUUGUUUACUUUAAUGAAAACAGAACUGCUAUUGGUCGAUAAACUGUAAAGGGAAGAGGCAAAUUGUGAUAGAGAAUUUUCUAUGCCAUGGGAAAUUGAAAUCACAUUCAUUUUGAUGACCAGCAAUAUGAUUUAUUAACUCUGUGCCAAGUUUUAAGUAUAUUUUUUCACGAAGAGUGCCAUAGUGAAACUAAACACUGUGCAUAAAGGUACAUGAAUUAUUCCAGUUUUAAAGUAUUAUUAUGCAUGUUUGUUUUAAUAAAUGUGGCAUGGUUUUAAUACAAAUGCUAUGUUGUUUAAAAGUUACAGGAACAUUUCUAUUGACAAAAAUAUGCUUCCUUUACAUAUUAUGUUACCCUAUGAUGUUAAUGAUUAAAUUAGAUCUUUACAUAGUUUUUAUAAAGCAUCGGUCUAGGAAAUAUGACUUAUUGCUGAUGCAAAUGUGAACAUUUUGUAGUAGUUUUGUAAAAGCACAUCCUUUUCAAAUAUCUAUGUUAAUGUACCCAUGAAACUAAAUGCAAGUACAUAGUCAGUUUGUCUAGUUUAUGUGUGAAAUUUUGUCUAAAAUACCUAAACAUUUCAUCUAUAUUUAUGUCUACCAUGUUAUCAAUGUUUAUAAGUACCUUCAUGUGUCUAUAAAAAUGUUAUAUUUAAAUAAAUGUGAAUUAAAAUAAAAUUUUUGAUUAUUUUCAGAUCCAGAAAAA